AUGGCUGACAUAAAAACGGGCAUCUUUGCGAAAAAUGUUCAAAAGAGGCUGAACAGGGCACAGGAAAAGGUGCUUCAGAAGCUAGGCAAAGCUGAUGAAACAAAAGAUGAACAAUUUGAAGAAUAUGUUCAGAACUUCAAACGGCAAGAGGCAGAAGGUUCCAGACUUCAAAAAGAACUUCGAGGAUAUUUAGCUGCAAUUAAAGGCAUGCAAGAUGCUUCCAAAAAGCUUACAGAGUCUCUUCAUGAAGUAUAUGAACCUGAUUGGUAUGGCCGGGAUGAUGUGAAAAUGGUUGGUGAGAAAUGUGAUGUGCUUUGGGAAGAUUUUCACCAAAAGCUCGUAGAUGGGUCAUUACUAACUUUGGAUACAUAUUUGGGACAGUUUCCUGAUAUUAAGAAUCGCAUUGCAAAGCGGAGCAGGAAGCUAGUAGACUACGAUAGUGCAAGACAUCAUCUGGAAGCUUUGCAAAGUUCAAAAAGAAAAGAUGAAGGGAGAAUUUCUAAGGCAGAAGAAGAGUUUCAGAAAGCACAGAAGGUAUUUGAAGAAUUUAACACUGAUUUGCAAGAAGAACUACCAUCUUUAUGGUCAAGGCGUGUGGGCUUCUAUGUGAACACGUUUAAAAAUAUCUCCAGUCUUGAAGCCAAAUUUCAUAAAGAAAUAGCUUUGCUCUGCCACAAACUUUAUGAGGUGAUAACUAAAUUGGGAGAACAGCAUGCUGACAAGGCCUUCACAAUCCUUGGGGCACCCAGUGAUUCUGGUCCACUCCGCAUUGCAAAAACUCCAUCACCACCAGAAGAGGCUUCCCCACCACUUAGUCCUGAAGCUGAUGCAAAUCAUACAUUGACAACCCCAAGUUCUCCAGCACCUGCACGUCCUAAAUCUCCUUCACAGCUGAGGAAAGGACCUCCUGUCCCACCAUUGCCUAAACUCACACCAGUGGUAGACAUGCAACAAGAAAAUAUCAUCAGUUUAUUUGAUGAUAAUUUUGUCCCAGAAAUAAAUGUAACAACCCCUUCACAGAAUGAAGCUCCUGAUGAUAAAAAAGAAGAAUCUUUGUUAGAUUUUGACUUUGAUCCUUUCAAGCCUGAUAAUGCAUCUACUGUGGUAACCCAUUCUCCAGUAUCUCAGACGCUACCUUGGGAUCUGUGGACGACCAAUAAUGAGGUGGUGCAGCCGGCAUCAAGCAACACUUUUAAUGGAUUUGCACAGGAUACCUCCCUGUUUUCAUUGCAGCCAAGUCAGGAGGACAUUAUAGAUAGUAAGGCUGAAGAAGCAGCUCCAUCUUUGGAAAUCCAGGCAGAGGAAGACAUCAAUAUUGCUGCCUCUGAUACCAAGCCAGAAGCACAGGCUUUGGAGAUUGAUAAUUCCACAGCUGAAACUGUGUUGCAGAUGGACUCAGUAAUUGAAAGUCCUACUGAAACUGAGUGUGUUGAUGCCACUUCUACAAAUGAAGGUGGUGAAGUUGCUGUUACUGAUGAAGUUACUGAUGAAGUUACUGAAAGCAACAUGGAUUACAUUGAAGGAAAAGCAGAAAACAUCCAGGACAACCUUAGUAACAUCCCUUCAGUAGUUAUAGAGCCUGCCUCAAAUAAUGAAGAUGGAGACGACCAUGAAAUACAAGUUACUGAAUCUAAAGAUUCUGUGGAAGAAGUUGCUAAUCAGAAAACUGAAGUACCCACUGUUGAAUCUUCAGAUGAUAUAAGUGAACCACCAAAUAUUGUAGAAGAAAAGCCUGCAUCUUCUGAGAAACAGCCUGCAGCAACAGAUGAUAUGCCUCCUGGAUUCCUCUAUAAGGUUGAAGCUCUGCAUGAUUUUGAGGCAGCCAACAGUGAUGAACUGACAUUGCAACGAGGCGAUAUUGUAUUGGUAAUCCCAUCAGCAGGAGAAGCAGAUCAGGAAGCAGGUUGGUUAACAGGCAUUAAGGAUCGUGAUUGGCUUCAAUACAAAGAUGCAUCCACAUACAAGGGACUGUUCCCUGAAAACUUCACCUGCCGUUUCGAGUAAUUCCCAGCCCCAGAGCAACACCCUCUUAUAGUUUAAACAUCUCCAACAUACAGGAGUCCACAGUUGAGCCAUCACUUCAGACAAAAUUCAGCUGAAGCAUAUCAAAUGAGCAUGAUUGCAAGAAAUUAAAAGCUAGCAUAUUUUGAAACAGUAUGUGGAAAAAAAGUUCUUAUUUGUUCACAUAUAUAUGGCAAUAGGUUUGUUUGUACUUUGUCAGAGCUAUGGUGAUCCUGUAACUUGACCUUUCCCCAUGCAAAUGAGUAGGCUCCUCAAUACCAAACCUUAACUUUUCUGCACUAACUGUAUUGAAUUGAAUUGCUGCACUGCAGAAGACUUCAUUAGUAAUCAUGUAGUACUGAAAUAAAAGUAUUCUAUUUUCAAUGUGUUUUGGGGGGGGGGGGGAAAUCUGCCAUAAAAUUUUUCCAUGCCAUUUUCUUCCAUAUGUAUGUACAUAUAGAGAGAUAACUAUGUGUUGUAUGCAUACACAGCACAUAAAAAUCCCAGGAAACUAACCUGCAGCACAAGUAAUUGGUGACAUAAAUAGCAAACAUUUGACAUGAAACCAGGAGAAAAUGGAGAACAUAUGUAAAUUGUUAAGCUUAGGAAACUAAUAGGGAGUUAUUACAGAGGGACGAUAAUAUGCAUUAGAAUCACUAUCAUCUUUGAAGGUUGACUAUCAACUGAUUUUAUGCAUUAGCAAAUAUCUUACGUACUUAAUAGUCAUUCUUUCAUGUAGAAUUGUUCAUUCAGACAUUUGCUCUUAUCAGUAGAAAAUUGUUACAAAAGGAAACUAGCUGCACCAUUACCAAAAUAUUGAGUAGUAAAAAUAUGCAUUUGUAAUGCAAAAUUAUCAUUUCAAGCAUUAUAAAAAAGCUACCAAACACAUUUUCAAAACAGUUGAAACACAAGUGAAGGCAUGGCUCGUUUACCUCUGCAUUAUCUAUCUACUAUAGAUAAGGAUUAAACUAUUCUGAUAAGCAAACUAUAGUGGUAGAUUUUGUAUUUUUAAAAU